CCCAGCGAUAACAACCACAGCGCACCUUUCGCCCCCAACGAAAUCUCCAAACCUAGCACGUCUUCUGCCGCACCUCUCCCCACAAUGGCGCAGCUUAUCCGAAGUCGCGACCGCGACAACCGACCAAAGCGCCCCUCUCCCCUCCGCUCCCCUCCUCCGACGUCCGGAGGCGACCACCAAUCCACGUCCCUAUUUCGUCGUCCCGACCAAAUUCUUCUUCCCGACGGCCGACGAAUCUCUAUCUACGAAGAUAGGCAUGGAGUUCUCGUCACCGAUGCCCUCCGCUGGUCGACACGACCCGUCGAAGAUGUCUACAUGGAAGUCCUCUACGACCUCCAGACGAGUCUUCCCAUCGCGGAGCCCGUCCGACGGAGCCACCGCGGCCGAGAUGCCCCCCACCCCCCUAUCCGAUGUAUUCUUCCUGACAAGCGAAUAAUCCAUGCCUACAGUGAUAGGCACGGGGUUCUUGUCACCGACGACAUGGAUGGGUCGACACGACGUGUCGAGGAUGUCUUCAGGGAAGUCAUCUCCGACCUGCCCCACUAUCGUCCACCACCCACCUUGGCGAAGAAGCCCGUCCGACGCCACCGCCUCGGUGGCGAUCCCCAUAACCCCCUUCUUCUCCUAUGUCUUCUUCCUGACGACAGAAUAAUUCAUGCCUACAAUGAUAUGUAUGGGUUUCUCGUCACCAAAGACACGAAAGGGUUGACACGGCCCGUCCAAGAUGUCUUCAGGGAAGUCCUCUACCACCUCUGGAUGAGGCCCUGCGAUCCUCCACCGCCGGUUGUUGAUGCCGCUGAGGAAGAUGAGCCUGCACCUCAACAAACGGUCACUCCAAGCCCUGAUCCAUCCAUAUCUCAAUUCAUCGAUGAUCUGCUAAACAGAGCUUUUGUUGCCAACAAGCUGAAGCUGGCUCAAAGGCGUGAGGACAGAGAACCAAAUGUCUUGGCCUCUAAGGAGCUGCUUGACACUACAACACUGGAGUCAAUCACUAACACUUCCUCUCCGCCACAGCCUACACCAUUCCAGCCAGGUAUGUUGUCGUCGAAGGACGCUUCCUCCACCCGGGCAGAGGAGGUGACUCACUCGCUGACGCCGCCCAUUUUGGCUCGGAAACCUGCCGGUUGGAAUCAUCAAUUUUUCAUAAGAGUAGAUCUUGGAGGAUCUUUCCACACGUAUCCUGAGCUGGGUGGGCCGUUCCGGAGCUUGGAGGAAGCUAAGAAGGCUAUACUCUGCCGCCUUGAUAAACUGCGUGAUCCAAAAAUGUGCACAAACGACUGGCUUUCCAGUUCGGAGAUUGCUAUACGAGAUGCUCUUCACUGGCCAGAUGGCACACGAAAGUAUUCUUCAAGAUCCAAUCCGGACGAAGAUCAUAUGGGGCUACUGGUUCAAGCUUUGUUGGACAAGUACAAUGAGGAGAAUAAUCUUUUGGAGGAUGAUGCAUAUCAUGUUGAGAAGGUCGUGAGCUUCCAAGAAGUUUAUGAGGGCAAAGGUGGCUGGUACUAUCAUCUGAAUUGUACUAGAAAAACUAAAGGUGGCGUCGACAAUCUCUUCUUUGCCGAAGUCUUGAGAAUGAAUAGAGGACUACAAUUCAAGCUCACCUGUCUCCAUAUGGUUGAACCUGCUGUUGAUAACGGUACAUGCUAUGGUUGUAAAAAAGCUAAUGUUGGUAUGAAGCACCCCAUUGAUGCUGGUAAAUACAAAGGUGGCCACGAUCCCUCGUGGCCACAACGACCGUGCGUGGUUCUUCCACCGGAUUUGCCUGAGGGUUUUGAUGCUAAGAUGAAAGCUAUGGAAGAAAGGAUUAGAUAUCAAUUCCAGGACUCUGAUGUGUUGAUACCGGAUGCUGGAAGAACUGCUGCUGCUGACGGUUUGGACAAGAGCCAGCUGGGAAGAAGGGGCUUCCCAGCUGCUGAUGCUAGGAUGAACAAGGAAAGGAUUAGAUAUGUAUACGGGGACCGUGAUGUGGCAAAACCGGAUGCUGGAAGGCCUGCUGCUGGUUUGAAGGGAAAGUGGGGGAAGUACGUUGUACCGCCGAUGCGUCUGAAGGUUUGAGAAGAUGGACCUGCCUGUUUAUCAGUUUGUAAUUACUGUCUGAUGGUCUAAAAAAAGUAGCAAUGGGACAGUUAAUUUUAUUUUGCAUGUCUUUGAAUCCGAGUAGCUAGAUCAGCGGUUUCUAGCAUGUGUGGUACGUACAUCCAACAUCCAAAUAUGCAAGUGGGACGAAUUGCAAGUUUA